AUAUAGCGAGGGGAAUGUCGCGGAUAGCCGUAGUGAUCGGCAACGAGACGAUCGAGACGGGUCGCCUACCGUGUCCGUCAUUCAACAAAUUCGUGGACACCAGACUUAGCCCGGUGUACGAGGUCGUGCUCGCGUUGCAGUGUCUCUCGACUAUCGUGGUGAACAACAUCACGAUCGGCGCGUGCGGUCUCGCCGCCGUUUUCGCGAUGCACGCUUCCGGCCAGCUCAACGUGGUGAUGCUACGUCUCGAGGAACUCGUCACGGAAGAGCAAGAUCUCCUCCAGUUGAGACUGGCGAACAUCGUGGAGCACCAUCUGCGAGCGUUGAGGUUUCUUUCACAAUUGGAGGCAAUUAUGCGCCAGAUAUGUUUUGUGGAAUUAGUCGGGUGUACGUUCAACUUAUGCAUGCUAGGAUAUUACACCAUUACGGAAUGGCAUGAAGAGAGUAUAAACACUAUAAUAACAUAUGUCAUGGUACUGACAUCGAUGAUGUUUAAUAUCUUCAUAUUUUGCUUCAUUGGCGAACUCGUAACGGAUCAGUGUAAAAAAGUUGGUGAAGUAGCUUAUAUGACUGAUUGGUAUGAAUUGCCGCAUAAAAUUGUUCUCGAUCUCAUUUUAAUAAUCUUACGAUCAAGAGUUGUUAUCAAAAUCACGGCAGGAAAGAUAUUUCAUAUGUCUAUCCAGACUUUCGGUGUUGUAAUUAAAACAUCUGUCGCAUACUUGAACAUGCUUCGAACUUUGACUAUGUAA